CACCUCUCUUCCACAAGCGAAAUCUGCAAAACCACAUAGACAAGAGGAAAUUGAUUACUCACCUCGAACAUCCAUGACCGACUCACUUAGAAGUAAAUCCUGCAUCCAGGGGAACCGGCAGCAGACCAGCCGGCUACAACGGCGCGCCCCGGCGUCCUUGCAAAUAAGCGCUCCCUCUUCCAAUUGGAACGUGGCCAUUCCGCUCCUGUCCCCGCUUGACGCUUCGCCCUCGUCUUCGAAGUUGGUGACCGAUCGGACGGUGGCUUUGAAUUCCAGGGAGGAGCAGAGGCAGCAGGUCGCGGAGCCGGAGAAGGUGGUGCUCAAGAAGUGGCAGCACCCGCCCUUCAGCUACGAUCCUGCUCCGAGGGUCCGACCCUUUGUGCCCGUAUAACUGGAAUAUGGACUCUCUUUCGUCCGAAAAAGAUGCUCAAUAGGAAAAUUAAGAUUGUAUGAUUGACAAAUAGUAUUUACAUCUUACGUACGGUAUGUGCUGUGAAAGCCUCUUUUUUGUUUUUUUUUUUGGAUCAACAUGACAUGUGCUUGUACAAUACUAUACUAAAUAGAAUUAAUGCAAUUUAGCUCGCCAGUUUAUAUGAUACAAAAUCUAGUUA